GAUUCGGGGGUUCUUGUCCCAGCAGAACUGCUAAAGACUUAGAUGUCUCCUUCAUCUCUCUUAGCCAAGCAGGGAAAAGAAGCAGGCUCUUUUCCAUGGGUCAUUUGGGUUCUAGAUUAGCCCCUUUUCACCUGGUUUGAUCAGUGGCCCUAGACUCACUCAGGUCGGGCCCCAGUCAGCCCCAAAGUCAGGCAGCAUCCCUUGGAAUUGGACUAAAUGGCCAGCUCAUUCUGUACUCCUUGUGGGAGUUUGGGUGAGUCCUACCUAUUCUCUGGCCUUCCUCAGUUUCCUUUUGUCAAAUAAAAGGAUGGAAUUGUGGCCUCUGAAUUCCCUUCUAGCUCUUAAUCUCAGAUCUCAGGAUUAGUGGUAGGAUUUCCAGCUUCUGGAAGUAGGGAGAAGGGCAGAUCGACUUGCAUAAAUGUAUGUGCCUAUUGUGCUCAACACAAGAGCUCCAGAGAUGAAAACCCAGUUCUUGUCCUGGAAGAGCUUGUGUUCUUGGGAGUGGGAGGGGAGAUGGAUUAGAGAGAGAGAGAGAAAGGGAGGACAAAAAGGGGAGGGAGGGAAGAAGGGAUGACACAGACAUAAAUCAGGGAAAAGGAGAAGCUUGAGGGCUACAACGGGUAAGAGAGCUGGCCAGGGUCCUGCCAAGGCAGAGGCGGCAGGCUGGCUGGGCCUCUGUGUAGGAGGUGGGGUGUGGCUAUGCUCAGAGAAAGGCUAGAAGAAAGGUUGAAGGUUGGAAUUAGCAGGGAGCUAAAAGGAUUUAGGAAUAAGAUGUACAGCAAAGCUCUCAGGCUUAAUUGAGCUUGUGGGGCUCGGGACUUCUGUGCAGCUCCCUGCCACAGUGAGGGCACCAUGGCCUUCGGCUUCACGUUGGAUUUCCAGGCUGCCCUCCAGACGCUUUCGGUUCUACAUUGGAUUCCCCUGUAUGUGGUGCUAGGAACAAUUCCCAUCCUUGGGGGGCCUAUCCUGCUAUUCACUAAGUACUGGAUGCUGUCUGUGCUCACCUUAGGCUGGCUCAUAUAUGACUGGGAAACUCAUAGUCGAGGUGGCAGGCGCUCGAACUGGGUGAGGAACUGGACCGUUUGGAAGUAUUUCCGGGACUACUUUCCUAUUAAGCUGGUGAAGACUUGUGAGCUCUCUCCAAGCCACAACUACGUCAUUGCUGCCCAUCCCCACGGGAUCCUCUCCUAUGGCAUGUUUUGCAACUUUGGUACCGAGUCCACCGGCUUUUCUCAGAUUUUUCCCGGGAUCACUCCUUCUCUUGCCACCUUGGAAGGAAUCUUCUGGAUCCCAAUUGUCCGGGAGUAUGUGAUGGCAAAGGGCAUAUGCCCAGUGAGUCAAUUGGCCAUGAAGUACUUGCUAACGAAGAUGGGCUCGGGCAAUGCUGUGAUCGUGGUGGUGGGAGGGGCCGCCGAAGCCCUCCUGAGCAACCCCGGAAAAAACAACAUCGUUCUGAACAAUCGCAAAGGCUUCGUGCGACUGGCUUUCCAGACAGGGGCGUACCUGGUUCCUUCCUAUUCUUUUGGAGAGAAUGACGUUCACAAACAGGCGAUCUUCCCUGAUGGCACCUGGCUGAGAUCUUUCCAAAAAGUCUUCCAGCAGAUAGCCAAGGCCAUCCUGGGCCUGAAUUUCUGUACGUUCCACGGCCGGGGCCUCACCAAGAACUCCUGGGGCUUCCUUCCUUUCAACCGGCCCAUCACCACUGUUGUUGGGGAGCCCAUUCCAGUCCCCAAAAUUGAGAGACCAAGCCAGGAGCUGGUGGACAAAUACCACACCCGGUACAUCAAGGCCCUGCAGAAACUGUUCGAUGAUCACAAGGUCCAAUAUGGGAUCCCAGAGACUCAGGAGCUGACGAUCUUCUGACAGGACCCCGAAAGACCCUGGGUGUCCAACAGAAGAAGGAGGAGCUGGAGAGAGGAGGGAUUCUGGGACAGCAGGCUCCAGAAAGCUAAACCCAAGCCAAGACCACAGGAGCAACGGCCCACGACACUCCAGGGAGAUGGAAGUGCUCAGAAGAUGUCCACCCCACCCCAACACACUUACUUCACCUUUUAUGCAUAGUGGUUGCAUGGAAACAAGCAGACUCUUCCUUCAGCCCCUCUAAGACACAACACGGGGGCCCAGUGGCUGGCUACUGCUGUCCUAAGCUCUCCUGUACCUUCACAGACCCAUUUUUCCCACCCGGAUCCUUUCCAUGGACUUGCCAAUCCAUACCGGAAACUUAGGGGCUCACUCGAGUCUGUUCUUAGCAGGUAGGACUGGACAUGCCUGAAAGGGCACCUACAAAUUAUCCCACCUUGGCCCUCUGUGCCGCUGCUGCCCAGGAGGAUCUAGUCAAAGCCACAAAUAUUUCUUGGACUAUGUGUACUAUGCACUAUGCACAAGAGACACUGCUGAGCACCGUGCACCACAGUGACGGGAUAGCAGGCCCUACCCUCAAGGAGCCAGCUGUCCAACAGGGGUUGGAAAUGCCCAAACAGGAAUCGAAAAUGGUUCAAAGCACUUGGAGAGACCCAAGCAGCACCCAUGGCAUGGAGCAGGGGCUGGGGCCUCUAUACCAAUCCUUGAAGAGGAAAUCACCAGCAGAUGGAGCUAAGGUGAGAGGGAACCAGAGUUCUGAGCAGCAGAGACAGCCAGCUCCACAGUGGAUCACAUGGCUGGCACCCAUCUCUCUCAGUAACUUGAAUCACAGCCUCUCAGAGUUAGAGACUUCAGACGUGGAUGGGGGAGUAGAAAUUCACGCUCCACCCUCCCCCAACUAGAUCUGGCUGAGGUAAAGACUGACUUCCAAAAAGUGACAGACCUCUCAGUGCCCAUAUCAGAAUGGAAAACUCAGGGGAGAAUUGAAGGGCAGUGGGGACACAGAAAAUGGGUCUGCAAAACCCAGAUGGCAGGCCCGGGAAGUAAUGGGGAAAGGCCAAGAGCCAAGUAAGCAAAUGGAUCAUUAUGGGACCCAAAAGUGGCCCCACCCACCAGGGGCCUGGUGAAACAUCUCAGGAAGAACAGGCUCCACAGGAUCUUGCAGUUGGAGGGGACUUCGGAUCUGAGAUCCAGAAGCCAACUACUCAGAUGAGGAAACUGAGGUCCAUGGAGCUCAAGGUCACCCAGAUCCUAAAUGUCAUUGGUGGGGUUCUUGAACUCUAGAGCUAAAGCUUUUCACCAUGUCUACCUCUGCAUCCAUCCACACUGAGAUACCCUCCAUGGCACUCCCAGAAACAGCUCUGGUCACAGAACUAGCCCAUUGCACUUUGGGACAGCUUUGGUGAAGUUGUUGGGCACUCUCACCCCUGCCCCCCCUACCCCCGGUCCCACCAUUGCUGGUCCUCACUCCACUUUUGGAGUCCAACAGCCCAAGGCUCAUCCCCCUUCCAUGCACCAGCCCUCCCCAACCCCACAUACAGCUCACAAGUUAGCUGUCCCUUCCAGUUCGUAUCCUCUGCAAAUGAGAACGGUGUGCGAUCUUUGUCCUUCUACCAGUCACUGACAAAAAGGGGGAGCCCUUUUGUCUCCUCCGGGGCUGAGCCCAGAUUCCUUCCAAUGCAGCGAUGACCCCUUUGGGGGCCUGUAAUCCAACCCACUCUGAACUCACCAAUCUGCUUUAUCAUCCAGCCCACAUCUCUCUGCCUUGUCCCAAAAGCCUAUCAUAAAAAUCUCUGUCCCAAUCUGGGUGCAUCGUGCAGUCCCCUGAUCUAAAAUCCUGGUUACCUAGGUUACACAGGGAGGUUUAAUACUUAAGCUCAAGCUGCUAGGAGAAGCCACUCCCCUUUUCCAUGUCUUCUUCCUGCAGGUGGGAGGAAGGCCUCUGUGACCUGAAUUCCUAUUCCUGCUUUGACCAUUAGCUAGCCAUGGGAACUAGGACAAGUACCUUUUCCCGUGCCAACAUUUCCUCCUCCGUAAACCCAGAGGGAUAGUCUGGAGCAACUGGGCCUCUGAGGUUCCUCCGCGCUCUCGCAGUCUGGGGUCCAAGUCAGUUUAAUUCAGCCACCAGUUCAUCUGCACCUACU